CGCGCGCCUGCGCAGACAGGCGGAGGCUGAAGAGCCCGAGUGCGGAGGAGGUGGUGGUUGUAGCGGUUCCGUUUUGCUGACGGCCCCGGGCUCAGCUGCUGGGCCAAGAUGCCGGCCGUGUCGAAGGGAGACGGGAUGCGGGGCCUGGCGGUCUUCAUCUCCGACAUCAGGAACUGCAAAAGCAAAGAAGCAGAGAUAAAGAGGAUAAACAAAGAACUGGCAAACAUUCGGUCAAAAUUUAAAGGUGACAAGGCUCUGGAUGGUUACAGUAAGAAAAAGUAUGUCUGCAAGCUACUUUUCAUCUUCCUCCUGGGGCAUGAUAUUGACUUUGGCCACAUGGAGGCUGUAAACCUACUGAGUUCUAACAGAUACACAGAGAAACAAAUUGGAUAUCUUUUCAUCUCCGUGCUAGUGAACUCCAACAGUGAGCUGAUCCGCUUGAUAAACAAUGCAAUCAAGAAUGACCUGGCCAGCCGCAACCCCACCUUCAUGGGACUAGCUUUGCAUUGUAUAGCCAAUGUGGGUAGUCGGGAAAUGGCAGAAGCAUUUGCUGGAGAAAUUCCAAAAAUACUUGUAGCUGGAGACACCAUGGAUAGCGUGAAGCAGAGUGCUGCCUUGUGCUUGCUGCGUUUGUACAGAACUUCUCCUGACUUCGUUCCCAUGGGAGAUUGGACAUCCAGGGUGGUGCAUCUUCUGAAUGACCAGCAUUUGGGUGUGGUUACUGCUGCUACCAGUCUUAUCACUACUUUGGCACAGAAGAACCCAGAAGAGUUUAAAACUUCAGUAUCUUUGGCUGUCUCUAGGCUAAGCAGAAUUGUGACAUCUGCAUCAACCGAUCUCCAGGAUUAUACCUAUUAUUUUGUCCCUGCUCCUUGGUUGUCUGUAAAGCUUUUGAGGUUGUUACAGUGCUAUCCACCUCCAGAAGAUGCUGCGGUACGUGGUCGUCUCACAGAAUGCCUGGAAACUAUCCUUAAUAAAGCUCAAGAGCCCCCAAAAUCUAAGAAAGUGCAACACUCAAAUGCUAAGAAUGCUGUGCUAUUUGAGGCAAUAAGCUUAAUUAUACACCAUGACAGCGAGCCAAACCUGCUAGUCCGUGCCUGUAACCAACUAGGUCAGUUCUUGCAGCACCGGGAAACUAAUCUGCGUUAUCUAGCACUGGAAAGCAUGUGCACGCUUGCCAGCUCUGAAUUUUCCCAUGAAGCCGUGAAAACUCAUAUAGAAACAGUUAUCAAUGCAUUGAAGACUGAAAGGGAUGUGAGUGUAAGACAAAGAGCAGUAGACCUCCUGUAUGCCAUGUGUGACCGAAGCAAUGCCCAGCAGAUUGUCGCCGAAAUGCUAAAUUACUUGGAGACUGCUGAUUAUUCCAUUAGAGAAGAAAUUGUGCUGAAGGUUGCAAUUCUAGCUGAGAAGUAUGCAGUGGAUUAUACCUGGUAUGUGGAUACAAUCUUGAAUUUGAUUCGUAUUGCCGGGGACUACGUCAGUGAAGAGGUGUGGUACAGAGUUAUUCAGAUUGUGAUUAACAGAGAUGAUGUGCAAGGAUAUGCAGCAAAGACAGUCUUUGAGGCCCUUCAGGCACCAGCAUGCCAUGAAAAUCUGGUAAAAGUAGGUGGCUACAUCCUGGGAGAAUUUGGAAAUCUAAUAGCUGGUGACCCAAGAUCUAGUCCUCUGAUUCAAUUCAACUUGCUGCACUCCAAGUUUCAUCUGUGUAGUGUUCCCACCCGUGCACUGCUUCUGUCUACCUACAUCAAGUUUGUGAACCUAUUUCCAGAAAUCAAAACUACCAUUCAAGAUGUACUGCGCAGUGAUAGUCAGCUGAAGAAUGCUGAUGUUGAACUACAGCAGAGAGCCGUUGAAUACCUGAGGCUCAGCACCAUUGCUAGUACGGAUAUCUUGGCAACUGUGCUAGAAGAAAUGCCUCCAUUUCCAGAGAGGGAGUCAUCCAUUCUGGCUAAGCUGAAGAAGAAGAAAGGCCCUGGCACAGUUACUGACCUAGAAGAGAUCAAAAAGGAGAGGAACUCUGAUGUGAAUGGAGGCACUGAAUCCACCCCUGUUAAUGCCAGUACUGUGGCCUUGCCUGAUUCUCCACUUCAGGGCUCACUGGCUGAACUAGUUACUGGGCCCCGACCUCGCCCUUCUCGUCUGAAUUCUUCUCGUUUAGCCAUCCACAACCUUCAGACAGGAGUUCCUUGUUUGUUUAAAGGAUUCUUCACUUCUGAGGAGCACUCUGGUUUCUGGCUUAUUAGUCUCAAUACUUCUCUUUUGAGUGUGUGCAUGGCUUCAGAACUUAACAUUCAGUCUACUCCUUCUCCAUCAGCAGACCUUCUGGGCCUCGGUGCAGCUCCUCUCACCAGCUCUGCUCCUCCCCCUUCCUCUACUGGCAGUUUGCUGGUGGAUGUAUUUUCAGACUCUGCUUCUGUGGUUGCACCUCUUGCUCCUGGCUCUGAAGAUAAUUUUGCAAGCCCUGACCUGGCUUCAUCUGAGGUAGUUUCUGAGGAACCAGCUGAUACUGUGCAUGAUGCUGAUGAGCUUAUUCACAAGUUUGUAUGUAAAAAUAAUGGAGUUUUGUUUGAAAAUCAGCUGCUACAGAUUGGACUGAAAUCUGAAUUUCGACAAAACUUGGGUCGGAUGUUUAUAUUUUAUGGUAACAAGACUUCCACUCAGUUCUUGAAUUUUACUCCAACACUAAUCUGUUCAGAUGAACUUCAGUCAAGCCUGAACCUGCAGACAAAACCAGUGGAUCCGACAGUGGAUGGGGGCGCUCAGGUGCAGCAAGUUGUGAAUAUUGAGUGCAUAUCAGACUUCAUGGAAGCUCCAAUCCUAAACAUUCAAUUCAGAUAUGGGGGAACAUUUCAAAAUAUUUCAGUAAAACUACCGAUCACACUGAACAAAUUUUUCCAACCUACGGAGAUGGCCUCUCAAGACUUCUUCCAGCGUUGGAAACAACUGAGCAAUCCUCAGCAAGAAAUGCAGAACAUCUUUAAAGCAAAGCAUCCAAUGGAUACAGAGAUCACAAAGGCAAAGAUCAUUGGCUUUGGCUCUGCCCUCCUUGAAGAGGUAGAUCCCAACCCUGCUAAUUUUGUUGGUGCUGGUAUAAUACACACAAAAACUACCCAGAUUGGGUGUUUGCUGCGUCUUGAACCCAACCUUCAGGCACAGAUGUAUAGACUCACACUACGAACAAGUAAAGAAACCGUAUCUCAGAGAUUAUGUGAACUGCUGUCAGAACAGUUUUAAUAGUAACAAGAUCAGUCCAGUUUUGUUUCUCCAUUUCUGCCAUAGUUGUCCUCAUCCUGCUGCAAAUAAAUGUCUUGUACAUCAGUGUCUGAGUACUGCAACAUUACCCACCACCAACUCCCAGCCUUAAAAGGACUUGUCCCUUUCAUGUGAAAUUAAGGAUAUAAAAUGUACGGUAUAAAAUGACUUCUAGAUAUAAAAAAAUCAUGGCUUUUUAGCUUAUGCUAUAUAAAGGAUGGGAGCGAUGUCUAUCUUAAUUGUGCUCUAUUUUUUGUGUUUAAGAAGUUGGGCUUUUUAAAAUUUAACUAAAGGGAAAUGAGCUUAGGCAAGUGUGAUAACUGAGUAUUCUCAUUGAAAUGCCACUGUAAAUUGCUGGUAGCAUGGUGCUUUAGUGCCUUUACUAAGUGCACCUUUCUGCUUUGAGCUAAAAGAAACCAAAUGUAAUGUCCAGUGAGCUUAAUUCAUAUGUUUGUUGAAGGUCAGAUUGACCAAUCUGCAAGAAAUUGAUCCGACACUUCGGUUCUGGAUUAAGAUUGUCAGAAGUGAUGUUGACUGGUUGACUGAACUCAUGAGUGAAGUUUCUGAAAGGUAUUGGCACCAAGUUUGUGAUGGGUAGAGAGGACAGAUUCCAGGGUAUGUUUUAAAAUCUUGUUGUUCAGUCAGAGCACUGCCAUAUCACACAGUUAAAUAUAUUGCUUAGUCAGUGUAGCAUUAAUAUUCAGUUGACUUCUAGUGCACAUGUAAAUUUUUCAGGACCAAAUUUUUGAAAAGAUUAAUAUUCUCAACAUCCCCCUUUACACUAGCUUUGAGUUCAGUUUUUCUCCUUUUUGCAACACAGGAUGCAGGAGGAAAUUUUUUUGCUUAGCAGUUAUUUAUAAUUCAAUUGAGGAAGAGGGGAUGUAAGAAAUCCAAAAUGGAUUGCAUGAAAUGUCCUUCAGAGUCAAUAUUGGGUCAUUCGUCUAUUCACGUCUGUUUUUUCAUCUUGAGGAAAGCAAUACCUUAACUAGUCUUGGUUUUCCUGUUCUUAGUCAAAUGGAGCAACUGAGGAUAGGAAGGAUGUCCAUUUGGUUUCUCUGUUCCCUGUCAGAUUGUUCCUUGGUAAUGUUGAUUACCUAAUUAACACUGCAUCAGUCAUGGAGAGCAGGUUAUGAUUACAUGAUGCUGCAACACAAAAAGAGAGGGUGGGGAGAAAUCAUCCUAUCUGAUCCUCAAGGCACAAUAUGUCCAUUUGACUUUUUAAAAAAUGAAGUACAAGAUCUAAUUUUAGACAAUAUUUUCUCAGAUAACAUUUAUUGUUUAAUCAUGUGACCAAAUUGCUGGGCAGUGAACAAUUAAUACUUGUACAAUUCCUUCUCUGCACUGCCGAGAAGAAUAGUAGUGGUGAAAAGAAUCUUCUACAGUCAUGUCAGGUAUGUGUGUUGGUUUCUUUUGAAGUUGGGAGUAGAAAGGCUAUAACGUUCAGCUUUUACAGUGGUUUUCCUGACUCUAUGCAUUAAUAGCUCAUUGUUCUACAAGAGCAAAGAUUUGCAUCUCCUCUGAAGAAAUCAAUUAAACAUAAUUAUCUUGUUUACAUGCUUCAGACUUUUAGAUGCACCAAAGGUUACCUAAGCAGAUCAAGCUCUGCUGUUAAGACAGGCUGGGAAUUAGCAGCUAUCAACAGUAGGGAUGUGUGGGACAGAUUAAAUACAAAGGAGCAUGUCUGCCAACACUGGAGUCACAAGUUACAAGCAAUCUCUCAUAUUCAGACUGUAAAAUUUCUCUCUGAGACUAUAUAUAUCUCUUUAAGACCUACUGUCUUACAGUAUGGACAUUUGUAACCAAGCACACCCUUACUGUGAUGGCUUGAGAUGCAGUACUAGUAAGAUGUUGGAACUGCACACUAAAUGAGGCUUUUUUUGACAUGCAGCACAAUGCACUUGUGAGGAAUUGGAUGCUGCAUGACUAAACAUGCCUUGUGACUUCUUACUUUUUAGAUGACUCAGGCAAUGGAACUGGAUAGGUAUUAACUUGGUUCAGUCAAGGGCCAGUGAUGUAUUUUGAACGCAAGUUGAAAAUGAAAGACCAAAUCCUUCAAAAGUGACUAGUGAUUGUGGAUACCACAAUUUUUGGGUGUCUGUUGAGAUCGCUUACAGGGGCCAGAUUUUCUGACAGUGUUGAGCACCCUCCGUCUGAAAAUCAGGCCCCUUUAGGGAGUCCCAAUUUGGGCACCAACAAAUCACUAGCCAUUCUUUAAAACCUUUGACAUCUCCUACAAACAAGUUUGGCUAGGUAAACUGAAGUACUGUACUGAACUACCUUCUGAAUUUGGCAAUUAAAAAUAACGGGCAGUAACUAGGGCCAAUGAAGUCCCAAAUGACCCUUAGUUGGGGGGUGGAGGGGGGUCCCAAAUAAGUCCUUUUUAAUGGGCACAUUUUUGUACCCUUGGAAUCUGUGCUGUUGUGUGAUAUAUUAUAAAAAAUUGAGAUGUUAAACCAUGCUAUGUUAAAGUGAGUGCUGCAGCAGAUGCAAGGAGAGAGCUGCUAUUUCAUUCUUCCAAAUCCCAUUGUACAUCUGUCCCUUUGGAAAUACAGAUCCUAUAUCUUCAUUAAAGGACACCUGAGACACUGUUUUUUGUGUACUGUUUUAGUUCACUUUCCUUUGGUUCAAGUUGUGGUGAAUUGUGUAUUAAAUGUGGGGAGGAGGAGGAAGAAGGAUUAAUAAAUGUCUUAGAAUGUUGGAUGUAUUUAAAA